ACGGUGCCGCUGUCUGACGAUGGUAGACUGGAGAGACGGAUGGUCAGAGCCGUCCCCUGUGUAACCUGAACAUGCAAGUGUGACUUGAUUCUUGUCGGUUUACUUCGCCUAACCAGGUUGCACAAUUACUUAGCUUUAGUUAGUCAUAUUAUAUUUAAAAUUAUGGAGGACGACUGUGUUUGUGACUACGACUCGACCUGGGACACAGAGAGUGAUGGAGACGACCCGGCCGGAGAGAGCCAAACCCGUCGGUUAUGUCCAGACAAAAACAAGUCUGCCUGGACUUUAGUAACUUGGCAUCACACGCCAAGAAACAUGAGAGCAGCAAAGGACAUGCAGACCUACAGAAGAGAGUAUCCAAACCUCGCUGAUGACGAGUGCUCAGAAGACAAAAUGAACAAUUUGCAGUUUUAUCUGAAUAAAUUUCCUUCUGCUCCAGAUGAUGUCUUCAUAGAAUCAUUUCUGAAGGAGUGGAAAAACGACUACAAAAGAUUGGAGAGAGUUCACUCGUAUAUCCAGUGGCUGUUUCCACUGCGAGAGCCGGGGGUUAAUUACAUGGCUUCAGAACUCACCAAGAAGGAAAUCGAGGCUUUCAAGAAGAAUGAGGACGCCAAAAGGAGACUUGUCGAGUCCUAUGAACUCAUGUUGGGCUUCUAUGGCAUCCGAUUGGUCAGCAAAGAGACGGGCGAAGUGAAACGAGCAGAUAACUGGAAGGAGCGAUUUGGAAAUCUAGAGCGAAACAUGCACAACAACCUGCGCAUCACUCGCAUCCUGAAGAGCCUGGGCGAGCUGGGCUUCAAACACUUCCAGGCCCCUCUUGUGCGCUUCUUUCUGGAAGAGACUCUAGUUAAAAAGACCCUCAGCAGUGUUAAACGCAGCGUCCUCGACUACUUUCUGUUUGCCGUAAAGGACAAGCAGAAACGUCAGGAGCUUGUGCGCUUUGCAUACCUUCACUUUGAGCCAAGGGAUAAGUUUGUGUGGUGUCCCAGAAAGAUUCAGAAACAAUUCAGAAAGGCAGAGAAAAGAUCGGAUGCAGUUGGGAAUGGAGACGGAAAAGAGGAGGUGCUUUCACGGGGCAAAAGCAAAGACGGAGAAGCAGUUGUGCAACAAAAAGAGGAUGGACUUGAUAAUAUUUCAAAGGCUCAGAAAGGAACUGAUCAAACUGUGUGUAAAGAAAAAAACAAAGAGUCAGAGGCAUCCCCUGAGCCAAAAUCAGACUCUGAGACUGUCGAUAAUGGAAAUGCUGAGGCAGAAUCUAAUAAUGAAAUAUUGGGCAAUGGAAGUGACUCAACGGAGAAUGUUGAUGAGAUGGAUCAGUCGCCCAGUCCUGAGUCUGUGACGUCAGAACCCAAGCCCUGUGCGGACAGUGAGGAGAAACUUUCCAACGACUCAAAGGACAGCAAGCAGGAACCCGACAACAUUAUGCAAACAGAUGGCGACAUAGACACUGAAAAACCACCGAAGAAGAAGAGGGAGGAUGACAAGGUGCUGCCAAGCAACGGCUCCGCUGGGGACUUGGCCGGUGGGCAGAUGGAAGAAAAAGCUGCGUCUAAUAAAGCCUCUGGUCAGACGAGCCCAUCAUCGCAAACCCCCCUUAAGACGUCAAAACACUCACCCUCCCUUUCUUCAGGAAGGGAGGAAAAAAUCCCAAGGACCGAUUUUAAUCAAGUGCCAGACAAAAAGGAAGAGGAAGAAACGUCACAGGAAAAUGGGUCAGCCACAAAUGGGUCAGAGACGAGCACUGACAAAGGUGUGGAUGAACAGACGAAUGGGAAGGAGGCGGAAGAUGCUGAUAUGGAAUCGAAGCCCUCAAGCUCAGACCCAAAUAUGGGGAAUUCAUGAAAAAACUGGUUGAUAGAAGGAAAACAUUAGUUGAAGCUAAAAUGAAAUGUAAUAUAAGGACAGAGUCUGAUUUUCUGGGCCUUAUUUCUGCUAUGUUUGAUGUUUAGAUAUGGAUUCUUUUUACUUUGAAGGAGAAUAUGAACUCAUGUGGGACUGGAUGUGACUCAGUUUCUACGUGGCCCUCAGAAAAUGUGAAAGGACGAAGCUGGUGAUAUUCUGUGUUUUUGAUUGUUGGCAACAAAUCCUGUGAUAGGUUAAAAUAUCAACGGAAAACUUGAUGGACUGCUGUGAUCUGCAGGACCAGGGAUGUGACGUUAGGCUCAUUGUCACUAGCUUUUUACUUGUGCUGGAGAUCGAGGAUCUGUGAGGAAUUGGCAGGUCAACUGUCCUCAGAAAUUCAGUUACACAUUUAAAUUUACAAACUUUGUAGAAUUAUUAUCCCUCUGAAAUAAUGCUAACGUUGCUGCUGCUGCUCUGUCACCGCUACGCAGUUUUGGAAAAAAUGUGAUUGGAUAACAAAAAUGUAAACAACCAUGAUAACAGAAAUGUAUCCAUUAUGAAUAUCCAUGCAACAACUUUUGGUGGAUGAGAUUUAAAGAGGAUGUUGCUUUCCAAAUUUCAAAUGCCUCACUACAGUAUUAUUGUCGUCAUUUUUCCACUGAGGCUAAUUGUCCUGAUCAAUCUUUUUUUUUGAAAGACCUGUGACAUGGCUGCUGUGAAAACUCAACAUGCUAACAACCUCAUUGUGUUAAUGAUAGCGAUUUUUCUACUCUGGCUGUGGCACAGUUCUUAUUUAAGACGUUAAUUUAGUAAAUUCACAGCAGCUAAAAAAAGGAAGCGUGUAUGUGGGAUUGAAAUGAAACAAGUUAACUUCUGCGACAGUGUCUCGUUUUUCUCAAGUUUUAUUUUGGAGUUUUUGGGCGAGAGUGAAGCUCUGAGGCACAGAUGAUACAUCGGCUUUGAAUUCACAGAUAAAACAUUGUUUCGGUCUUUCAAAAAGGAUUUAUUGACAAUGACAAAAUGAACGUCUAUCACCAGACUUCUUCACCUUGAUAAUAACAAAGUCUGUCAAUAACUGGUAUUUAAUACUAAAAGCACUAUUAUUAAUGUAUAUCAAUGGAAUGGAUAUUUCUCAGCAUUUUAACACCUUAAUACUUUGAAGAAUUGCGCUAUUUUUUUUUUUUUGCACUGAAAAAUAAAAAAAUGAAUUCAUUUUCUUAUUUUCCUUUUUUUUUCUUGUGUGUUAAAUCUUUCUGCACCCGUUUGUGUUUCUGCUGAACCCCCGAUGCUCCAACGGGUUUAAGACUGAAUGUCAUUGAAGAUAUGUUUCCGUAAUCUUGCACAUCAUCUGUGUUUUCAUGCAGAUUUGGGAAGUAGACUUUUGAACACUGAGAACCUUGCCAAAAAAAUGUGAAGAGACUGGUUGAUUGUACAAUAUGUCUGUAUGUUGGCGGGAAUGAGUAAGCUUUGGCCAUGAUUUAAAGUCCACUGUGUGUUCAUUUGACUUGUUUGGCCAUGACAUAUCACAAGCCAGUUUGAUGAUGUUGAUGCAUUUCUUUACAUUUGCACUUAAGUUUUCACUGUUAAUUGUUGACGUUUUGGUAUUUACAGAAUGAAAUGGUAAUGACUUUUCAAAAGUGCUGAAUUCUUUAUAAAUGACUUUUCCCUACUACAUAUCUAGCUGUUAACAAAUCAGAAUAAAGUGAUACUAUUUUUGGAUGUUUUUAUGAAACUGAUAUGUGUUUAGCCAAAGUCUGACUUCGGUUAUAGAUUAUUCAAUUGUAACUCUCAGGAUAACACUGUGGUAGAUGUCAGCUUUUGCUCCUAUUCCUGAGACUCCUUUUGUUAUGUUUUUUUAAUUUCCCAGUGCAGCAUAAAGUCAGACGUAUCCGUCUAUUUCUCCAGCCUCAGCGAAGACACGACUCACCAGAGAGGAGGGAGAAAGAUGCUAAAGAUAUUGAUGCAACACAGUCUGUUCAGACCUCAGGAUCAGUGUGCAUUUGAGGCUGUGAGUCAGGAGGAAGAAUACAUACUGUUCAAGUUUGCUGUUUGUUUUUGCCCCCCUCCCUCCCUGUUUGGAACAUUAUAAAUAAAACAUCUUAACAGUU